AUGUCUGAAGUUAGAAGAAAUGUUCCUUCCUUCUCAACUGUUACGUCAAGUUUUAAGUCAUACAUUCUCUCUUUGCCAAUACUGACAUCUUCAGUUACUUGCGUGGCAAUUUUCAUAUACAUUUUGGAUUCGUUGUUGGUUAAUAGUGUAAUUUACGACGCGAUCGAUCUAUUGCCAAAAAAAUUAUUUGAAGGGCAAGUGUGGCGUAUUAUAUCUUAUCCUUAUCCUCAUAAUUCUCUUGGGCAUUUGUUAUUCAAUCUCCUCAUUUUCUUACCAUUAAGUACUACCAUUGAACAUACAAUUGGAACUAUAGAGUACUUCUACAUUUUGAUCACUAUCUUUACAUUACUUUCGGGAGCCUUUUACCUAUUGGGUUCCUUCAUUUUCGAUUACAAAGAAACUAGUGUUGGAGGUUUAAGUCCUUGGAUAUUUGGUGUUGUAGUAUGGGAAAGUAGAGAAUUGGCUGGAAAUGAACGAGAUCUUUUUGGGUUAUUAAGAGUCCCCGCUCAUUUUUAUCCAAUUGUGUUACUAUUAUUGAUGGAAAUAUUUUUCCCCCGUGCGUGGUUUGCUAGUCAUAUAUGUAGUUUAAUCACAGGAUAUUUUUAUGCAUUUGGUUAUCUCUCAAGUAUACUUCCACCUACACGCUUUUUUUCAAAUCUUGAAUCAAAACCCCCAUUUUCUCGUAUUGUAAAUUUUCGAGGAUUUGUUAAGGCAGAUGAAAUAAGUAGGAGUGGGUGGUGGUUACCACUUUCAAUUGAUCCUAUAGAUGAUCCUUUAGAAUCUCCAAUAAGUGAAAACGCUGAUGAAAGCGGAGAACCUGGAUUUACUUUUUUUUUGAUACAUGUUGGAAUUAUUUUAAUUACACAUUUUUUUUCAAUAUUUUAUAAUUUAUACAGGUUUGUCGCACGUUCGGAUUCUCUCGAUAAUUCUACACCAUUAUUUGUUGUUCCUUCUUCCAAUUCCUCUGGAACAACUUCUCCGUCACCAGAAAUGGAGACAGAGACAACAACUCUUGCUACAGAAUCUAAUUAUAAUUCUAACGAUGGUGGCGAUCCUUUAACCAGCAAUAAUCACUAA